AUGUCUGUUAUUCUCUGCACCGCCGGCUAUGACCACACAAUUCGCUUCUGGGAAGCUCUCUCCGGCAUCUGCUCCCGUACGAUCCCCCACCCCGACUCGCAAGUAAACCGCCUCUGCAUCUCGCCCGACAAGCGCUACCUCGCCGCGGCCGGGCACCACACCGUCAAACUGUACGACAUCAAGUCGACGAACCCCAAUGCGAUCCUCACCUUCGACGGACACACCAGCAACGUGACCGGCGUCGCGUUCCACUGCGAGUCGAAAUGGCUCGUGACGUCGUCGGAGGACGGCACGGUCAAGAUCUGGGACACUAGGAGUGGCAACGUCCAGAGGAACUACACGCAUGGCGUGCCGGUCAAUGAUGUCGUAAUUCAUCCGAAUCAGGGCGAGCUGAUUAGCUGUGAUCGCGGGGGCAAUGUGCGGAUUUGGGAUUUGGGCGAGAACAAGUGUAGCCAUCAGCUGAUCCCAGAGGACGACGUGAGCGUGGCCAGUGUCACGGUGGCGAGCGAUGGGAGUAUGGUGUGUGCUGGGAACAACGCUGGCAACGUCUACGUUUGGAAAAUGGUCAUGCGCGGCGACCUCACCUCGAUAAUACCCGUCUGUAAAUUCCUCGCCCACCACACGUACAUCACCCGCGUUCUGCUCUCCCCCGACGUGCGGCACCUCGCAACCUGCUCCGCCGAUCACACAAGCCGCAUCUGGUCCGUCGACCUCAGUUCGCCGCACAACGUGCAGCCCGGCGACGCCUUACCAUCAGCCGCUGAGCGCGACCCCGCGGCCUUCCCGCUCGAGACGACGCUGCACGGCCAUCAGCGAUGGGUCUGGGACUGCGCGUUCAGCGCCGACAGCGCGUAUCUGGUCACCGCAUGCAGUGACCAUUACGCACGGCUGUGGGAACUGGGUAGUCAGAGCAUCAUCAGGCAGUACAACGGGCAUCAUCGGGGCGCGGUGUGUGUGGCGCUGAACGACACAGCGGUGGGGAACUAG